AUGCUAAAAUUAAUAUUAAAUUAUUUAGAGUGUUCAAGGAUAUAUAUAUCUGUCCAUUGUUAUUUUUUUUAUUUUAUUGCUUUGGCAGUGUCUGUACAACAAACCGGUAAAGUUGAUUAUUUUUUAAGUUUGUUAUGCUUUGGGAUAACUUUUUUUAAUCAUAACAUAGCUUAUUUAAUCAACUCGUUGAUUGACUUUUUAUAUGAAGUUGAUACUGAUCUAACAGUAGACAAAACUCUUUUUGGGCUAACUUCAAUAAUAGUGUUAAAAAGAUAUAUGUGGUUUUCAACAAUUUCAAUAGGACUCCUUUUAAUACCGGUAUAUACGAACUACAAUUUUGAUAUUUUCAAAAUAGUUUUGUAUUUUACUAUUAUCCAGUAUAUUGGAAGUGUUAUUUAUACUCCUGCCAAAUAUGUUGCAUGUGGUCAAUUCUUUUUCUUUGGUUUCCAUGUUAGUACUCUCUCCUUCUUUUACUUUUCACAAUGUAAAGAAAUUGUUAUUUUUGACAUGGGCCAUCCUAUUACUCUCUUUAAUUUUUUAAUUAUGUUAAGUAUGCUCCAAGUUAUUCAAGGAAAUUACCACAGAGAUCAUGAUGAUGAUAAAAGGGCAGGAAUUAUUACAAUAGCAAUUUUAUUAGGAAAAAAACUUUCUUUAUAUUAUUUCUAUUCUUUAUUUAUCAUGUAUUGCAUUUGGGUUAUAUACAUAUCAUUUUAUUUAAAUAAUUUCUAUUAUUUAUUAAUGUUAUUAAUAUUUAAAAAAAUGCAUAAUUUAUAUCUUGGCGCUAAAAAGGGUGAUGUUUUUAUGUUAAACUGGAGAGUAUGCAAAAUAUAUUACCUUUCCUACCCUUUCUUAGUAUUGGCUAUUAUCUUAGGUGGUAAAAUUACAAUUUGA